AUGGCCGAGGGCUUACUGGCUCUCAACUUGUUCAUGGUGAGUCAGUGCUGUGAGUCGGUGAAUGAGGUGAGUCAGUGCUGUGAGUCGGUGAAUGAGGUGAGUCAGUGCUGUGAGUCGGUGAAUGAGGUGAGUCAGCGCUGUGAGUCGGUGAAUGAGGUGAGUCAGUGCUGUGAGUCGGUGAAUGAGGUGAGUCAGCGCUGUGAGUCGGUGAAUGAGGUGAGUCAGUGCUGUGAGUCGGUGAAUGAGGUGAGUCAGUGCUGUGAGUCGGUGAAUGAGGUGAGUCAGUGCUGUGAGUCGGUGAAUGAGGUGAGUCAGUGCUGUGAGUCGGUGAAUAAGGUGAGUCAGUGCUGUGAGUCGGUGAAUAAGGUGAGUCAGUGCUGUGAGUCGGUGAAUAAGGUGAGUCAGUGCUGUGAGUCGGUGAAUGAGGUGAGUCAGCGCUGUGAGUCGGUGAAUGAGGUGAGUCAGUGCUGUGAGUCGGUGAAUGAGGUGAGUCAGUGCUGUGAGUCGGUGAAUGAGGUGAGUCAGUGCUGUGAGUCGGUGAAUGAGGUGAGUCAGUGCUGUGAGUCGGUGAAUGAGGUGAGUCAGCGCUGUGAGUCGGUGAAUGAGGUGAGUCAGUGCUGUGAGUCGGUGAAUGAGGUGAGUCAGUGCUGUGAGUCGGUGAAUGAGGUGAGUCAGCGCUGUGAGUCGGUGAAUGAGGUGAGUCAGUGCUGUGAGUCGGUGAAUGAGGUGAGUCAGCGCUGUGAGUCGGUGAAUGAGGUGAGUCAGUGCUGUGAGUCGGUGAAUAAGAGAAUUAUUAGAGAUUCUAAUGUAGCAUUAGAGAAGCAUUAG